AUGGCCUUCAUGGUCUCACCUCUGCUUUCCUUUACUUCAAAAGCAUCUACUAUCACAGCCUCACCUGCAUUGUUCACUACUCCUCAUCCAUCUUCUGUCCAAGGUUUGCCUCCAGAUAUAGCUCCACUUUUGCCAUCUGCUGGUCCUAUGGUGCCUAAUACUCCAGCUGAUAACUCCAUACCCACCAUUCCUUCCAAUCCAAGCCCUCCGAAUCCGGAUGAAUCGGCUUCACUCGGACCUUCUUCUGCAUUUUCGCCUUUGCCGGCGUCCUCAGCCACAUCUACAGACUUAUUUUGGACUUUAAACUUGGCCGCUUUUGCAGGUGCGGCAGCUUACGUAUUGGUCUCUGCAGCUUCUUAG